CGUUGAUUCCGAACGCGUCCGUCGUUCAGAUCGUAUUAAUUGUGUUCGUACGAAUCAAAAGUGUUUCGGGAAGACAUCGCGAAUAUGUUUUUGAUACAUUCAACGAUUUUCGCCUUCUUUUUUAUUAACUUCGUUUCAUCGGCCGAUCUUGAUGUGGAACUGCAAUUACUUCACGUGAUAUUUCGCCAUGGUGACAAAGUGCCCCAUCGAGAAUUUCAAAAUUACCCUAAUGAUCCGCAUCGAGAACACUCUUACUAUCCAAUAGGAAACGGCGAUUUGACCAAUCAAGGCAAGAUGCGGGAGUACAAAAUCGGAACAAUGCUGCGCGGAAGAUACGAUCAAUAUUUCGGUCCGGAUUAUUGGCCGGCCAAGAUCUAUGCCCGAUCUACGGAUGUCCCGCGAACACAGCUGUCUCUCCAGUUGGUCCUAGCAGGAUUAUUCCCGCCCUCCGAGAGACAAACCUGGAAUCCACACUUGCCCUGGAUUCCAACGUGGACGUUCUUCGUGCCGUACAAGACUGACAAUCUCUUGUUUCCGCAUUACUGCCAUCGAUACAGGGAAGAAUAUCAACGAUUCCUUCAAUUGGACAGUACAAAAAACAUAAUUAAAAAAUACAAGAACGUAAUGGAUUAUUUGACCGAUCACUCAGGUAAAUUGAUUAACAGUACGGAAGCAGUUACUCAUAUGUAUAAUUUACUCAAAGAAGAGACUGCACAAAAUUUGACACUACCAAAAUGGACUCAGAAUAUUUAUCCUAAUCCGAUGGAAGAGAUAAUAGAAUUGGACUUCAAACUUCGAUCGUAUACAAAGACUUUGAAGAAAUUAAAUGGAGGUAUAUUACUUCGCAAAAUGGUGGAUGAUAUCCAAGAACGAAGAGCAAAAAAAAUGCCACAUGACAGAAAAGCUUUUUUAUUUGGCUGUCACGAAGUCAAUAUAGCUGCCGUUGCUUAUGCUUUGGGAACAAACGAACCAGCAGUCCCUACUUAUGGUUCUACAAUUAUUCUAGAAACUCUCCAGGACAAGAAGGGAAUUUACUACGUCCGGAUCUUACUGUGGACUGGCGUUACGGAACAGCUGAUUAUACAGACGAUUCCAGGUUGCACGGAAUUGUGUCCCUUCGAGAAAUUUCUCGAUAUUGUAAAGGAUGUUUUACCGAAUGACGACGAAUACUAUUGUCGACGGAGUGAUAAAACGACGAAGGAUCUUAUACCACAUUAUCAAUCAUCAGCGACACAUAUAGCCGGCGACAGAUUUUGCCGAUACAUCUUUUUCGUCGUUCUAUUCGCGUUUGCGUCGAAAUCCGUACAAUAGUGAUUCAAUGCGAAUAUAGUCUAGAUAUUUAUUUUCCUUUUUUCGCGAGGAACGUGACCUUAACCAGGGAAAUAGUUGUGAAAAUAAUCGACUCGGCUCGCAUCCUGACCGAUACUUGUAUCGGAAAUACUUCAUCGAACUAUGAGAGUACUCGGAAGGCCCAGCGAUGUUGCGGUUAUACAUUUCGCUGCGUAUGUUGCGGUUAACGCGUUGAUAUAUUUUACCGCACGUGUCGUUACAUUGUCAUGUUACACACGCGAACUGUGUACAUAUGUAAAUAGCUGUAUCGGUAUAUUGAUUUUAUUGUAGUCGAUAUCGUAAUCACUUCAAAACGAACAUUCAUAAGCACGUAUUAUCUGGAACGUGGGAUUUUUAAAGCCUUUGUCGGAUUUAAUCAUUCAUUCAUGUUCGUAAGUAAAUGUUGGUAAAAGUCACCUACGACAUCCUCCACUAAUGUGACAUUCCCCACUGCCAUCUAAAUAUCUCGUUAUUGAUAUUCGUUAAUGUUAAUAUAUUGUAUAAUAUUGUAUAUUAUUUUAUGACUUUAUGUAAAGCUCAAUGAAAAUCAGAUAUUAACAAACCGAAAAAUUGAUGAAGAA